UUGAUUUGAUGUAAUUGAUGUUGAUUUCGUUGACCGGGUUGUGCUGAUGCUGAAGUUUGUACGUUUACUUUUACUGGAUUUACGCUGGGUUUUACCCUUUUUAUAUCCAAACAUUAAUAAUAACUACUGUGUAGUGUGUGAAUUAAAACUAUUCAAAAAGUGGAGUUCGCUAAGUUUUCAAAAUAAAAUAGUGUUUUCUUAAGGAUCAUGUCGGCCAAUACAGAAAUUCGCAAUUUAAAAGAGGGCACCCUCGACACGAUAGUGAAAAUUUUGCAUAUUGUAGAAGACGAUUGGAAGAAAUUCAUGGCGUUCAUACCCAUGGACCCCCAGAAGGAAAACUCGGAUCGUAAAUACAAUGGUGAGCACAUAAGAUUGAUUGAGGAGCAUUCCAAGGUUGUCAAUGAAAAAUGUGCAAAGAUUUUGUUUGACGAAUGGGGAACCUCAGGUCAAAUAAGACCCACACUGAAGACUGUUCAGCACAUUGCAUUAAAAGCAGAGAUGAUGCGACUUGCAGAUGAAAUAGCUGACAUUCUGGGAGAACCACAUCCCCCACGGCCUACACAAGGACCAGGAGCUCCUGUAACUGACAACAUUACACUUUUACUGAAUGAGACCAGCUCGGAAAUAAGGGAUACAACUGCUCAAAUGAAGUCUGAAAAUAAUGAAACUAAUAAUGACAUACAAGGACAGAGUACUGAACAAGUAUAUAACAUGCCUAAUUUUAAACUUAUAGCUAAGUCUGUUGAUACUGAUGAGUCCUAUAAACAAGAAUCCAGCAAUCAACAGAUUAGUGAACAAUCAAAUGAACAAGUACCUUAUCUUCAGCAACUUAAUAUCCAGCCUUCAGGUCAAGUAGAUUAUGAGUCUGAAUAUCAGCAAUUUCAGACUUCUGUGCCCAAUAUUCCUAUAUUUCUAGGUACAACUGAAGGGCUGACAAUGAGUAGUAAAAUUGAUUCAUCAAUCCUCCAAGACCCAGAUUUGAUUCACUUUGAUUAUGAGGAAUUGCAAACUGCUACAAAUAAUUUUUCUGAUAUUUGUAAAGUAGGAUCUGGUGGGUUUGGGGUUGUGUUCAAAGCUCCCCACCCAGGACACGGCCUGCUUGCAGUCAAGAAAACUCAUAACCAGCCUAACCAAGCAGAAGUGAUGAGAACAUUUAAUUCUGAAGUAAGAUAUCUAUCGCAGUUUCGUCACAUGAAUAUAGUUCCAAUAUUGGGAUUUUCUAAAAAUGGCCCAGUGCCUUGUAUUGUUUGUGAAUUUAUUGAAGGUGGUUCUUUGACUGAGAAAAUAUCUGCUAAAGUAUUAAAUGAGAGGCAAAGAAUAGCUAUCAUGCAGGGAACAGCAGAGGGGCUCCGCUACCUGCACAGCAACCACACAGGCCAUCCCACCACGCCAUCUGCAACAGACCCCAGUGCACAGAAUGUCUCCAGACUUCAUUUUGUCCAUGGUGACGUCAAAAGUGCAAACAUCUUGCUUACAAAAGACUUUGUCCCCAAGCUGUGUGACUUCGGCCUAACAAAACCGUACGAGGAAACAUUCAUCAUGCCUACAACAUUUGGAACUCAAGUAUACAUGGCACCGGAAGCAAUGCAAGGCACCGUCACUCCCAAAUCAGACAUAUUCAGCUACGGAAUCGUCCUACUAGAACUCUUAACUGGCCUCAAACCUUUUGUAGUAACAGACAACACGAAAGUAGAUAUCAAGACUUACAUUUAUGAAGGAUUGAGUAGUGCAAAAAGUAUUUCUGAUUUUUUGGACCAGUCUACUCAAUGGACCAAGGCAGGAGAUAUUUUCGUGUUGGUUAAGAAAUGUCUGGAGUACAACAGGCAUGACCGGCCGACAAGUGAAGCUAUAUGUAAUAUACUGAACACCUUAAAAUGAUAACUGUGAGCAAUGAGACCUGAAUGAGGAGUAUAUAUUUUAUUAGUUAUGUCUUGGUAGGUGCAGGAGCUGACUAAAGUUUAACAGACCUCUAUUUAUACGGUAUUUCAAUAUUUAUAAUAUGUAUACAAGUGUUUUAAUAUUUAUAGGUAUAAUAACACAUUUAAUUUGUUUAAGGGUGAAAUAAGAGCUUACAAGGAAUUUCAGAUUAUUUUAUAAUAAAGUGGACCUAGUUGAAAAUAAAUUAGGAUUUAUUAUAGUUAAAUAUUGGUUUUAAUACGUAAGUAUUUUUUAAUACUCAGCUUGGCAAAAAAUUUGAACAGUGGAGAAAACUAGUUACCAAUCCCAGUAUGCGUAGCCGAAUGGCACAAACGCUUACGAAACAAAACGCUUGUAGAUAUCUAUCUCUAUCGCUCUUGCGUAUCGGCGCGACAGAGCCAGACUACCUUUCGCGGCGUUUCGUUUUCGUUUCGCGUCGUAGAAAUGCCAUUCGGCUACGGGGCUUGAUAUCACUUAUACUUUAGGGUUAUGCCUACUGUGUUCUGUGGCCAUGCCUCAUCGGGACACCACGGCGGCGCAUCCAUUCAGCAAUCACUAUCAAAACGUACACAGUUCUAUUGAAACAGGUAACAGUGUUGCCAUCUUUUGGGUCACAUUGUGAGCAUAAACAUGACAUUUGCACUUCAAGCCAAUAAACUGGCUCCUGUGCUGCCCCCUACAGUUUAUGCACGCUCUCUAGCGUUACCGACAGCCGACAGGGUUGGUACUGUUGGUAGUUAAGAAGGCAUUGGUAGCCUAACGAUAAAUCUUAAUGUAACGGUUUCAAAAUACAUCAUCAAAAAUAAAUAGUGUCUAUAUACUUCCUACCUAUGAAUUCUAUGAUUUUCCGACAAUAAUUUGCCAGUACGGAUAUUGAGACUAAAAAUAGAAUUAAAUGAAAUAGAAAAAUAAAUACUUACGCAUAAAACUCUGAUGCCUCAGUUCCAAAAUGUCCACAAUCACUCACUAAACACGCAAGCAUAGCACAAGAAUAAUAAUUAUACAACCAUAACAUUAAAUAAACUGACACCAAAUAUUAUUUCUAGUCCCAUGACACUGACUGACAUUAACAAAUUAUUCUUUAUUCAUGGUUAUAAACAAAUAGGUUUAAUAGGUGUGUCAUUUAGGUAUCUUAGACUCGUCUUGGACAAAGACAAUGGGUGGGGGGCAAUUAUAAGUUAUAACUGAUCCAUUUUUCCAUUAUUACACUAUUAAGUUGAGUUCCACAUGUAGGUAUCCACUGAACACGCGUGCCAUAUACAUAUAACCAGUGGACACUCAAUUUAAAAUGGAUCAGUUGCAUUUGUCCCCCAGUCCAAAUUACCCCGCUGUGCCUUACUGGAUUCUCUUUGGAGAAACAAAACCAUUGCAGAUCACUGAU